GGGAAGGCACGGCGCACAGUAUAGCUGAGGGAGACCGCUGCCGCCACCUCGCCACACCGCUUACCUCGCUAGAGUCUCGUCCGCCAGCGACGGUGCGUGUGCCCGUUCGCCACCAGCGAGCCCGCCACCCUACAGCAACUCUUACGACGCAGCGCAGCGGAGCCUUACACAGUGGAGCCAAAAGACAUGUCUGUAUGAUGGACGAAUUUCGAAGAAAACCAAGAGGCGACUGCUCGUGUACAACCCGGAGGGAAAAUGACCUAUCGAGAAAGAGCUUGGUAGCUGUGGGAGGUACGCUUCUGCUUCUUGCGGUGUACAACUUGCCUGUUGCAACAGCCAGUGUCAUACCAGACAGAUGUCACCAGCCACCAGAACGAGGAGACUGUACCGAUUAUGUUCACAAAUGGUUCUACAGUAACAAAACUGGUAAAUGUGAAACAUUCAUUUAUGGUGGCUGCAGAGGAAAUGACAACAAAUUUGACUCAGAAAAUGAGUGCAGCCUUGCCUGUGUUGAUGGAUUUGAGCCCCCAGAGUACAUGCUACCAGAACAAAAGACAAAAGAUGAAAAACCUCCUGUCACUCACAGCACGACUACUUCAACAACAGUGUCACCUUACAUGAUCCCAAAAACAACAUUACCUCCAGUACCAAUCAAUCAGAGGGGACCAGAACUUACUUUUGAAGAAACAGGUCACCAUAAAGUCUUCAUGUUUGCCAAAAGGAACACAUACAUACAACUUGAUGGAAAUCACAUACCAAAUUUUCAACUAAGGCUUUGCCGUCAGAUCUCCUUUCAGUUUCGUACAAGAUUACCUCAUGGGCUGCUGGUAUAUCAUAGUGUCAAGAAUCGCCCAGAAGGACUAGAUCCCUAUGCACUGUAUGUUAUAGUUGAAAAAGGACAGCUGAAAGUUGUGCAUGUUUUUGGAAAGGAGUCUACCUCUCUUACUGUGGGGGAAGCUCUGAAUGACGACCAGUGGCACAGUGUUCAAGUAUUGAUAGAUGUGCACAGAACUCGACUUAUUGCCAAAGUUGACAAGGAAUUCGUGGAAACUCAUAUUAAAGGCUUAGAUCCAGCAACAAAUUAUGGUGUAUCCAAUGAUUUGACUUCUGUUGUUCUGAUAGGAGGUCUUAGCUCAGAGGAAAAAUUACAUGGUGUGAAAUAUAUUAUUGAGUCAUUUGUUGGGUGUAUCCAAGAUAUGAUACUGAGUGCUGGAAAAGCUGCAUCUGAUCUCUUGCCAAUUAAACCACUCAUAGCUACAAAACAUGAAAAUGUUGUUGAAAGCUGCAUUAACAAGUGCAAGACUCGCGAAAACCUCUGUUUUUUUGGCAGCCAGUGUGUAAAUCAUUAUAAUACCCUUACUUGUGAUUGCUUUGGAACUAAAUAUGAAGGAGAACAGUGUGAUAUAUACACUGCUACCACAUUGACUUUUCGAGGUUCAUCUUACGUUUCGUACAGGGUGUAUGACUGGAAAGACAGGGUACACACAAGUUCAAAUCGAAUUAGCCUGCAGUUCAAGACCUACUUUGAUGAUUCAGCUCUCUUCUAUGCAAGUGGUGAACCAGGCAUUCAUUACAUUGCUGUCUCCAUUAAGAACAGAGUUGUCCAUAUAGAGAUAAAUUUAGGAAAUGAACCAAUAAUUACAACAAUGGGUGAUGAUGUCACUGCAAACUAUUGGAAUAACCUCACUAUAAUUCAUAAUGAAAACCUUGUGAGAAUUUAUUGUAACACUGAAGCAAAAGAAUUUGAAUUGUCUGGAACAAAGAAUUACUUAUAUAUAGACCCAGAGAUUUAUAUUGGAGGGGGGCCAGAACUUCAUAAGAAAACAGGUCUGGCAUCUCACAAUAACUUUGUGGGGAGUUUGAAAUAUGUUUUCUUUAAUGAAAUUUCAAUUCUCUAUGAACUGAAGAAAGGAAAUCCAAAAGUUCAUUACAUUGGUGUUCUGGAGCCAGAAUUUGAAGAAACAAAGGUUGAAGUUAUACCACUGACUCUUCCAUUCCCAUCAGCUCAUAUUAAGUGGUAUUUAAAUGAUACUGACACUUUGUCACUGAAAUUUGACUUCAAAAGCAGCCAGCCAACUGGAGUUCUUGCUGUGUCCAAUAUUACAACACCAUCUGGUCAUGGAUACUGGGAGCUUAAACUGGUAAAUGAUGAUGUUCGAUUUGUACUAAGGGACCUGUCCAGAAAUUUUACACACCAAUCAGCAGUCAAAUAUGUUGCCCAUGUAAACUGGCAUCAUGUUGAUAUAAAUUAUAAGAAAGGUUACUUAAACCUCACUGUUGAUUACCUACAUAACUCAUAUCAGCUGAUAAAAAGGAGUUUUAGAUUUGAGAAGAACUUAACAAUAGGAACUGGAAUAAAACUUAAUCAGGGCUUGGUUGGAUGUGUGCGACUUAUGAUGGUGAAUGGGGAAUCAAUUGAACCACGCUAUGUUGUCCGCUCAAAACAUGCAGUGGGAGAUGUUUCUAUAGAUAAUUGUCAAUUAGUUGAUCCAUGCAAGAGACCAAAUGCUUGUGAACAUGGAGGACGAUGCUCUGUUAAAGAUGAUCACAUUCUGUGUGACUGCAGUGAUACAGGAUACAUUGGGAAAAACUGUCAUUUUGCACUUCACAGGAAAACAUGUGAAGAACUGGCUCUUCUUGGAUAUACAAAACCAAGUGUUUACUGGAUUGACAUAGAUGGAAAUGGAAGGUUUCCUCCUGCUCAUGUUAAAUGUGAAUUUCAAGCAACAGAAGAUGCAACAAAAACUAUUGUAGAGCAUAACUUACCCAGCCAGACUGAUGUGCGUAGUUUGGCAGAAAAAGAUUUCAAGUUGAAGAUCCAGUACCGGGAAUUUAGCCCUGAGAUGUUACAAGAACUGAUCUCCCAUUCCUUACGCUGUAGCCAGCAUAUAAAGUAUGAUUGCUAUAAGGCACCAUUGGAGCUACAUUCCGCUACAUGGUUCCAGUCAUCAGCAAACAAACAAAUUGUUGACUACAUUGGUGAUGUAAAGAAAGGAACGUGCCCAUGUGCUGUGAACAAAACUUGUAUUGAUCCAAAACAAUCCUGUAACUGUGAUGCAAACGAAGCACGAUGGCAUACAGAUGAGGGUCUCUAUACAUCUCCUAAUACAUUAGGAAUCACUGACAUGAUAUUCCUACAACAAAAGGAGCUGGUUCAUGAUUCACAAGGUCGCAUAACUCUUGGACCUCUGGAAUGUGUUGAAACGAAUACUCAAAAAUAUGUAGUAACUUUUACAUCAAGUCAAUCGUACAUUGAAGUACCUGGAUGGAGGAAGGGUGAUAUUUCAUUUAGCUUCCGAACUACAGGAGAAAAGGCUAUACUACUGUACCAGCCACCAAUAAGACCAAAUCAUCCCUCCUUCAUGGUUGCACUGACAGAUGAUUUCACUUUGACAUUUAAUUUCACACUCAAUAAUGGAAGUUCCAAAGUAAUGGAAAUAAAAUCAGGCAGAAAACUAAAUGGAGGAGAGUGGCAGAAAAUUUGGAUUGACUAUAAUGAACAUCAUGUUCGAUUCAUGAUCAAUACAGAGACAAAAAUGGUGGAUCUAGCACCAGAUGAAGAAUUUGGGCCCUUUGAAGGAAGUAUGUUUAUAGGAGGAGCACCGGAAGACCUUUUGAAAAUGAGCACUGUCAAGCAAGGCCUCAUAGGAUGCUUCCGAGGCUUAGUCGUCAAUGGUGAAGUUCUGGAUAUAUAUUCCUACAUGAGUGUCCAUUUGUCUGAAAUAAUAAAAGAUUGUAAACCAUCUUGUGUUCCAAAUCCAUGCAAGAAUGGUGCACAAUGUAAGGAGCUUUGGAGUACAUUUCAAUGCAUCUGUGAAAAUCCUUGGGCUCAUCGUGGUCCUCUGUGUGAAACUAAUAUAAAUGUAAAUGGACUCACAUUUGUGACUAAGGAAUCUUAUUUUAAAAGAAAUUACCUGCAAACAACACCAGAUGAUGAUUACAAAAAGAUUUUUACAUCAGUACUUACAAAGAGUUUUCUCAUAAAUCUGAGGACAUAUGACAAAAAUUCACUUGUGCUCUAUGCUAAUGACCAUUUAAAUAAUUUUGUCCACUUACACAUUGAGAAUGGCUCAUUUGUGGUAUUUAUGUUCAACUCAGACAAUGUAAUUCAAAAUAUAACUGUGGAAUAUCCUGGUCUAAAUAGUGGGAAAUCUGUACAGGUGGCAAUAAUCAGGACACCAGAACUUACUACUAUGCAUGUAAAUGAGAAAAACAAUUCCUUACAUACUAAGGUUAUGCUGUUGACAAAAUAUUCAAACAUUCCUUGGAUUAAUCGAGAAAAAGAAAUCUUGUCACCACAACGACCUCCUGCUCCUCCUACUGAGUAUUUUCAAAUUAAUCUUGGUGGUUAUAAACCAAUAGACCUGAAAUCAAAUCCAGCAGCCAUUUCUUUGUCUGGAUAUGUUGGUUGUAUACGUGGAUUCUCUGUUGAUAACAAGACUGUUGAUUUUAGUCUUGGAAAAGACCCUGUUGAAAAUGGCAUAAAAAUUGGAUGCAAAAUGAAAUGUGAUGAAGUUCCAUGUAAAAACCAAGGCAUUUGUAUAGAGGACUUCAGUAAAGGAGAGAGCACAUGUAAUUGUGAAUAUACCUCAUACUAUGGAGAAUCUUGUUCUGAUGAAAAAGGAUCUGAGUUUGAGGGUGAAUCAGCCAUAAAAAGAAAAUAUAUCCUAGAUGGUCCAGUGGAACAGGUCAAAGUUCAGCUAGCAUUUUCUAGCAGUUUCCCUCAUAAAACAAAUACUGUACUGUUGCUGCUACAGACAGAGCAUAAGCGAAAUUACAACUUGCUUGUUUCAUUGUCAAGUAAUGGACACCUAACAUUUAGGGAAGAUCAAGAAGGUUCAUCUCUCAUAGCCAAUGUUGCUGAUCGAAAUUUUUUGAAUGGUGCCAGACAUUCUGUGUAUUUUCAGAGAAAAAAUGACAACACAACUAAGUUAUUGAUUGAUCAAGAGAAUAUCAAACUAGAGCCAACAGGAGUACUCAGUCUCUCUGAUCUCCCUACAGGUGAACAGGGUGCCAAUGAAGUUCAAGUUGGUGGGUUAAAUACAACAGAUCCUAGAUUUACGGCAUAUAAAAGUUUCAAUGGUUGCCUCUCAAAUGUUUUUGUGGAAGUGAAUUCAUACUCAAUGAAACCUCUGGAAGAAUACAUGUUAUUCACCAAGGCUGGUAGUAAAGAAAUUAAUGUGGUUAAUCCUCAGGGAAUACGAAUGGGACAGUGUUCAGUUUUUGAUUGGAAAUAUAGGCCUAUAUCUGGGCCAGCUCUCAACAACAGUCAGGAGCUGGAUGAUGUACCAUUUAAGGAAGGCCCACAAAAAGAAGAAUACAAGUCUUUGUAUACUGAAAGGUCGGCAGAAGAAGACAGUUCCUCAACUAUUGUCUUUUUAGUGAUGGCUGUACUCUUUGUUGUGAUUGUCCUUGGAGCCUUAUGUGAAGUGUAUCGUUCACAUCGCAAACAUAAAAGGAGGCAAGAAGCUGAGGUCGAGGCUGCCAUAAGAUGGCCAAAAUCUCAGAAAUUUCAAGAUCCUGGCCUGCCAUCUUCCCUUAAAAUGACAGGGUACAAGAGUAUUCCAGUACAAGACACAAAGCCAAAGCAGCCUUUGGAAUCAAAACCAGUGGCAAGAAAUGAGUAUAAGACCAUACCAGAUUCUGUCCCAGACGAAAAAAAGCCAAGUAUGAAUGGUGAAAGCAAAACAAAAAUUGAUAACACGGAUAAAGAAUUAGCAUGGGAACCUCUAAAUGAAAAUACUGGUCUUCUGCAAGAUAAGUCUAUAGAAGAUUUGUCCCAGAAGAUCCCAAAUGAUGUAGGGCAUGAGAGCAGAAAUGCAGAUAAUCUAUCAGAAAGAUCAGGGCAGGGUCAAAGAGCAGACGGGAACAUAAAUGGGGUCAGUAGUGUGUCUCAAGUGAGUUCUCCACCACCUUUUCCACCAAUUCCUGAAGAGAGAGUGGAAAACAGAGAUACGAUAGCACCAGGUAGUACAUCUGAGGCUCUAAAACCACGACUCACACCUGGUGCAAAACUAUCACCCAUAUUUUUGAAUGAAGAGCGACGCACAUUUGAGAAUCCAAUCAGUUACCUUGGAGGCCCACGUCUUCAUUCUUCUGUUGCAUCAAGAGACAGCAAGGAGUCAGUGCUCUCACUCGACUGAGUGUUUCAUAGAUGUGUGUUAAAAUUAUGAGAAAGGCAAACAAACAAGAAACAGUGUAUUAUUUUUUGUUGCCUCUGUUAAGUACUGCUUUGACAGGAUAUAUUUAUUAAAAGAAGUUCUAGUGAGUGGCCAAUGGAAGUGAUUUGUAUAUGUGAACUUAUGACCUCACUUACAUUGGAAAACUGUGUGGAAGUGAUAGGACAAGAGGAAUUUGUGUAUAUUCUUUCAUACUGAGCUUUAAAAGAGUAUUUUAAAAGAGUAUUUUUGAAUGUGGUAUUUUAAUCUCCAUUUGCAAAAUAUGUGGAACAACUGCAGGCACGUCAUAGAAAAUGGCAA